UAGCACACACAAUUAUUAACUGCAUGAUGUAUCUCAAAGAUCUGAUGAUCUUCCAGUUCUUAGUGCUGCUGGUUGUGAGGAACAGCUUGGCAUUCUCGUGUGUGCCGUGUGCCCUUUUAAAUGGAUGUCCAGAGCUCAACUGUUUGGGUGAAAAGGUGUUAGGUAUGUGCGGUUGCUGCUACGUGUGCGCUAAACAACUCGGCGAAAGCUGUGGGGGUUUGUAUGGAUCAACUGGGACAUGUGACCAGGGACUCCGUUGUGUCCUCCCGCUUCAACAGGUCAAUGAGACAAUGACAAUUAUUUAUCACGUAGGAGUUUGUCAAGUACAAACCACAGCAAGCCCUCAAGCAACAACACAACCAGAUAAUGCUUACACAGCACCUAGUGCACCAGACCAGAGCCAAGGGGCCAACUUCACAGAGCAACAUGACAGCACAACAGCAAACGCACAAACCACGCUACGAUACAACGCUACAAUUCCACAAGGUGAUCUGAGAGACAACUCCACACUGAGACAAAACACAACAGAACAACAAGUUUCUUCUAACAUCAACAGCACAAGUCCAUUCCCUAAGCUGGAAAAUGGAGCUUCUUCUUCCGUCCGAGCAAAGGGAAUCCAAGUUCUGUGCCUGAUAAUGUCUGUUUAUGUUUUGUUUCAUUUGCCUGUGUUGUGAUUUCACUGAUGAUGAUGGCAUGUGUGCAUACAAGUGUGUGUGUGUGUGUGUGUGUGUGUGUGUGAGUGUGUGUGUGUGUGUGUGUGUUUAACCAUUGAUAGUACAUAUUUACUGUUGAUAAAUAGUUGUAAAUUCUAAUGUUUGGAUGCCAUUAUAAGUAUUGUUAGUGUUGUUUUUGUGAGUGUUUUAGAAGUUGUCAACACUUAAGAUGGCAAAACUUUUCACUAACCUCACAGCGUUAUAAUACAGAGCUAAUUUCAAGCAUUUAGUCUUCAGAGGAAAAUAUUCCUUGUUCCAAGGAUGCCCGAACAGUCACCAAAAUCAAACUUCCUCAAAAAAACUUUAGUUUAGAAAUGUUUUGGUUUCUUUCUGAACAGAAACCAGACUCUUUUAUGCACAGUGUUUACCAGAACGAGCUUCCUGAAUUGAUUGCUUCUUUAUACAUUCCAUUAACAUGCAGUCAUCGGUUUGCUUGUUCUAGUAUUGUAUUAGCCUUACAAUGCAAACGCAACCACACAAAUGACAAUUUGUAUUCUGUGACGCAAUAAUAAACGGUUUUGAUCUCAUAAGAAUAGAGAAUAAAGUUGUUUAACGUAAGCAUACACAUGGAUCGUUUAAAAAAGUGGUACAUUACAUUUUUGGUUAAUAAAUCACUUGUUUUUCCUAAA